ACACAAUUUUUUUUUCAAGUGAGGCAUAAUUUUGUCUGAAUGGGUUGGCAACACUGCGGUGUACUGCCAAUUUUUAUCGGACAGACUAGUAAUGAUGCUUCAGAUGAUAUCAUGUCCCUUCUAUCGAUGCCUUCUACUAGAGAGAAACAAAGUAAACUAGUUGGCGAGGAGAUCCUCGAACUUCUUACUAAACACACAGCCAAGGAACGAUCUUUAGCAGAGAAAUUCAAAUCCCACGGAGGAGCUCAAGUAAUGGAGUUCUGUCCCUAUGGUAAGAAAGUUGAGUGUUUAAAAGCCCAGCAGGCCGCAGCUGAGAUGGCUGCCAAGAAACGACGUGAAAUCGAACAGAAUGCAGUCUCCGACAAGGCCGAGGAUUCAAAUGCGGAGACAAAUUCCAGUGGAACUCCUGAUGAAUCAUCGACAACCAACUCGGAGGAAUGCAAAAAAGAAGAACCAGCUGCUGCCUUGCUGGUAGCGCCCAUCGAUGAGAUCAUCACAUCAUCACAUAGCAGUAUGAAUUCUAAUGAGGGCCAGUGUUGCCAGAAUAUUUUCGAGGCAAGGAUCCGAUUUUGAAAAAUACGCAAAAAACUUUUGUGGCAUGAGAUUUGAAUUUUUUUUUAAUUUUCAAAUAACUUUUUCUUAUCAGACUUCAAGUAUAAUUACACUGUGCAAGUUUAUUCAAAAAAAUUUUUGAGACAAGUGUGCUGUUGACUGUUCCUCCCUAUUUCGGACCUGAGAAAUCGAUUGGCAUCAUUAGUUUUUCGAUUUAUCGGUACGACUUCGAACAAAAUUUUUUUCGGAAGUAACCAUAACAAAUUACAGAUCCAAUUUUGAUCAUUUCUGUUAUUAAACGUCGGUAAUGAAAAAUACUUUAAAAUCUAUGUGUUGAAAAUUGCCGGUGCUGCC